AUGGCUUGCUGCGGUCCGUGCGUCCCCUGCUGCGGAUCAAGCGGACUCUGCCGCGGCGGCGGCACCCGCUGCUGCGCCUGCGGAGCCCGCUGCGACGGCGGCGGCACCUGCGAGCAGUGCGCUCGCUGCGGCCGCAAGGGCGCCGGCGUACCCGGGCCAGCUUGUGGGCCGUGCUGUGUAUGCGGGGCGACAUGCGGGCCCUGCCGCGUGUGCGGCGCGCCUUGCGGGGCGUGUUGCGCGUGCGGCGCGAGCUCGCCGUGCUGUGGGGCCGCAGCGGAUGGUGCGCCUUGUGGGGCCGGUGAGGCUGGCGCGCCGCGCCAACCAGAAAAACCCUCCGCCCCGAGCUCGGAAUCGUCAGACGACCCGGGCUCCCGACCGUGCUCGCCCCCGCCGAGCGUAGUGGAACUAGAAAACUGUUAG